CCGGCACCGGCACAGGUUCAACACUUCAGUAGACAGACAUGACCUUUUUUCUCGCCCACGACUCGUCAGCCAGAGAGAACAGAAAUAACGAGAGGGUGAAUGAAAGAAAAGGAGGUCGUCGUGGGAGAGAGGGGGGGGGAGUCAACCGUGGACGAGAUCCCGGCGGGCAACCAGGGAAAACGGGCCAGAUACCAGGCUAUGACAGGGAAAGGACUUACCAGGAAACAAAGACAGGACUUGAACAGGAAAAAAGGCAAAGAAUAGAAGAGGAGAAGAGUAAAAGAGUAGCAGAAUAGAAGAAUAGACCAGACAGUAGAUAGAGUCGAGAAGAUAGACGAUAAGAAGGGAUCAGCCGACAGUCGACAGUGAG